AUGAGCCAAGCAGUUAAAGAUCGGCCAGCUUCGUUGACAUCGAGCAAGGAUUCGCAUGUGAUAUCGAAGCUGAAACGCAAGAUCAGAAUCGUGCACAUAGUCACGCCGGAGAUCAUAAAGACCGACGUCGACAACUUCCGGGAGCUGGUGCAACGACUCACGGGGAAGGCCGCCACGGGAACAGGCAGCAAGAAGCAGGCUACACCGGUGGCCGCGAUCGGUGCACAGGAGGAUGUCAAGGAAGAACUCGUGGAGGAGGAAGACGGCGGCGAGUGGUGGAAGGAGGGCGUCUCCGGAGGACCCUUGGGAGACACGGGUUUGAUCUUCCAGGACUUGAUCGAUUUCCCGUUGCUUUCACAUGAAUGA